AUGCUGCAUGAGGCUUGCUGGAGAUUCACCAACGUCACCGCCGAGCAAGCUCAGAAAAUUCGAGAGGGUGAGCCGGCGGCGAAUCCGAUUGAGAAAGUCAUCCUCUGGCGCAUCCUUCGCCUCUUGAGACUCAAUGUGCAGCUGAUAUUCGUUGACGAUGGACCUCGACGCCCAUGGAAGCGUGGUAAGCGCGGAGGCGGCAAGAUUGAUUUCGAGAUCACGAGGCUGCUGAAGAAGCUGCUCGAUCAACUGAAGAUCCCACAUCACCGUGCCCCGGCCGAGGCAGAAGCGGAAUGCGCUCGCAUGCAAGCUGCAGGGAUUGUGGAUGCUGUGUGGUCGGACGACGGGGAUGCUUUCAUGUUCGGAUGUGGUGUGCUCAUCAAAGCGCACAAGGUGGGCAAGGAGCGAGUCAACGACUAUGUGAGAGUCUACCGAGCCAGUGACAUUGCGGACAAAUACGAUCUCGACCCUGAGAGCCUGGUUCUCUUCGCCAUGCUCUCUGGCGGUGACUACAAUGUUGAAGGACUGCGAGGCUGUGGGCCUAAAACGGCGGCUCUGCUGGCGAAAAUGGAGACCGGCUUGGCGCGAGAACUCUGCCAUGCAGCUCAGUACGAUCUUGCGGCCUGGCGGGAUCGUCUCCAACUGGCUUUCGGCCGGUAUGGCAAGACCGCGGACUGGCCUCUUAUCUAUCCGGACUGGAAAGCACUCUGUCAUUAUCGCAGCCCUGUCGUCUCAACUCCCGAGCAACUCCACGACUUGAGAGGGCUCCGAGGCGGCUGGGACCGACCCCUCGAUCAGAUGAAGCUCAGGGUUUUCUUGCGGGAGCGCUUCAAUUUCACCACUCGCGAAUUCAUCAAACACCUCGCGCCGGUCCUGCUUGCUCGGACCCUAGCGAGAGCGGCUCCACAGCAACGAGCCGAAAACUUGGCCUUCGGAAUUCAUCUCAAACGGACGGUCACCAAAAAGACGUCUAAAGAAGGCGAUGACCCCCCGCCGCCCAAGUCCGAGCGCAAGAUCACCUUCUCGCCACUCCCCGUGCUCGAAAUCGACCUGAGCCAGAUGCCUGCGGAGGAAGACUGGGGCAAAUUCACGGCAAAGGAUGGAACUCUCUACGAUCCUCUAAGCAACAUUGAGUGUGAGAUACUCGAGUGCUUCCUUCAGCACGGCCUGCCCCAAGUUUCGCUCGAGCAGGCUCCAAGGAAGUCGGCUAAGCGAAAGGCCGACGAUACUACAGAUGCGACACCUCCAGCCAAAAAGACCAAGAAGGCCGCAGCUACCUCAGAGACUCCCAUGGAUGCGAGUCAGGGCAGCGAGAAAAGCGACUCUAUACCGAAGAAACGAGGCAGACCGGCAAAGACUGCCAACGCAAACGCUGGAACAAACGCUUCCAGGAGCAAGAAAGGCUCUCCCAAGGGAAACCUCGCACCUCCGACACCUGCGGUGCGCGCGGUCUUGUCCAAGCUCGUUUUCCCGCUUCACCUCAGGCGUGGUCGACCUUCUCGACAGCGAUAG